AUGUGUUUGAAACUGAUAGAAUUAGCACGACGGCGUUUUCACGAGCUGUCGAUUGGCUUUGUUGUGGUAUACGAAACCAGGGUGACGGUGAAAGUAGUACUAACACAAGGAGGUCAGCAGCAUGGAAGGAAAAUAUCUCCCGUUAGCAAGUUACAUGCGGUUGAACAUAUUGUUUCACCAAAAUAUGAAUCACUACCUUCCGAUCCCGUAAUUGAUCAUCUCGCAUCUUUUGAUAGUUUCUCCGACUUGGACCCGGAAUCGCGCAAACAGUCAUCUGCUGAGGGGUAUCGGAAUCAAGUAUUGUUGCCGGAAUUAUUAGGUUCGUCUAACAGAUAA